AUGGCUCUUGUGCGAGACCCAUAUUUCUGGAAACGGUUCUCAACUGCGGUCCACCAGGACGAAGAGUCCAGAGCAGUUGGCAAAGGAGUACACUCAAAACAAGAUGAGGUAUCAUGGCUUGACCGCGAACGACGAAAGAGCAAGCGUUCCAUCAUCUGGGGCUUCGUCAUUUUCUGUGGCGUAGUGCUCAUUAUCAUUGUCUGUGUGGUUCUAUGGUGGCUUGCCAAGAACAACUGGCUCAAACCCCGGCCGGGUACCACUUGA